AUGAAGCUCAACCCGAACGCAACCUCCUUUGUACCGACGUGGUCGUCGGCGCCGCCCGCGCCGCCGCCGCCUCCGCCGAUGACCGCGACCCGCAACUUUUGCGACGACGCCGAGAUUGACGAGCUCCUCGCUGAGAUCGAGCGCGUCCAAAUGGAAGAGGAGCUGAGCCGUGAAUACAACGAGCUUAAGGCGCAGGGCAAGACGGAAGAAGCGGAGCUUUGGAGCCGCUGGAUGGUCUCGCCGCCGUCGCCGCUCUCGCCGCCCGCGCCGCGCCAACACAAGAAGCACACGCACCAUCCGCAACCCUCCCAGUAUGGCAAGCAACCAUAUCACAACAGCUACAAAAGCCGCAGCGGCCCGUUGUACAACCCGCGCGGCACGUACGCACCGCACAACCCUGUCACGGCCUCGGUGCCGUUCCAGUAG